AUGAGCGGGGUGCUGUCAGGGGUAACCACAUCUGUCAAGCGUUCUCGGCCAAUAAAGAGCGGAGCGAGGCGGACCACAGGUGCGCGCCUCUGCGUCCCCCUGGCACCGCCGGGAGAUGCUGGAGAGAGAAGCACAGCUGCCCCGUGGAGCAGAGGAGUCACAGUGAGGAGGACGCUUCUUUUUAUCAUCACUCUGGCUCCGGUUCUGAUGGCGACCGCCACGUCCAACCACUACAGCGUGCUCAGCAGCCCGAGCAGCGCGCCGCCGCCGCACUCCGAGUCCGGGAGUCUGCAGCAGGCGGCCGCGUACAGGGACGCGCACUCGCUGCUCCAGAACGACUACGGCACGUUGACGGGCGGCGGGCAUCCGCUCAGCCACGCACACCAGUGGAUCACGGCGCUGUCUCACGGUGACAGCGGCUCGCCCUGGCCGUCCAGCCCGCUCGGAGGAGAGCAGGACGUGAAGCCGGUUCUACACGACUCUGAGCGAGAGGAUCUGCAGAGCUCGAACCUGCAGCAGCAGCAGCAGCAAAGACUCCCUCACCUCACGCACCAGCAGCAUCACGACGCUAGAGGAUGGAGGACCACCACCGCCAUGGCGACAUCUGAGGGCCAGAGUCUGGUUUAUUCCCAGUCCGGAUUCGGUCUGAUGCCAGCGGGGGAGCAGGGGGGGAUGCACCACCACCCCCUCCGAGACGAGGACCACCACAGCCACAGCCCGCAUCUUAGCGAGCACGGAGGCGGCCCCGGGGCCCACCAGCAGUCCCUGACUCACCACCACCACGGGGGGCACCAGGACCAGUCGGAUGAGGACACGCCGACCUCGGACGAGUUGGAGCAGUUCGCCAAGCAGUUCAAGCAGCGGAGGAUCAAGCUGGGCUUCACCCAGGCGGACGUGGGUCUGGCUCUGGGGACCCUCUACGGAAACGUCUUCUCUCAGACCACCAUCUGCAGGUUCGAGGCUCUGCAGCUCAGCUUCAAGAACAUGUGCAAACUAAAGCCUCUGCUGAACAAGUGGCUGGAGGAGGCGGACUCCACCUCAGGGAGUCCCACAAGCCUGGACAAAAUCGCGGCGCAGGGGCGCAAGAGGAAAAAGAGGACCAGCAUCGAGGUGGGCGUAAAGGGGGCUCUGGAGAGCCAUUUUCUCAAGUGUCCGAAGCCCGGAGCGGCGGAGAUCAACUCGUUAGCGGACAGUCUGCAGCUGGAGAAGGAGGUGGUCCGGGUCUGGUUCUGUAACAGGAGGCAGAAGGAGAAGAGGAUGACCCCCGCGGGAGGGCAGAUGCCCGGAGGAGAGGACCUGUACGGUGACAGUCCGCCUCACCAUGGAGGACAAACUCCGGUGCAGUGACCUGGAACCUGUUCUCUUCUGAUUCUUUCACGGAAUCUGGACGCACGGACACGCGCGGCUGGGAGCGUGCGCGGCGCUGAGAACACGCAGACACGGAUGGAGCUUUUGACGCGCAGCUGUGGAUUGUGUCACCAAAAAAAAAUAGCGACAUUUUCUUCUCCGGGGUGUCAUUAUGUGUCAUAACGGGACGGGGGAUCCACGCGUGUGUGUGUGUGUGUGUGUGUGCGGACAGAGAAGCCAGCUCCGUGGCGCGGGGAGUUACUGUGGGUAAAUACGCGCCAUUUUUCCGUCAUAACAAAAGCGACAGGGGUCUUCACACGAGGAUGGAACCAGAAGACCCUUCUGCUCCGUCUCCAAAUAAUCAAACCAGCUCACUGUAUUUAUUAUUACCCUCAUUGUCGUUAUUAGUCGUCACUGUUAUUCCGGUAGCAAUAUUUUAUGACCAGCUUUGAUUUGUUGUUCGUAUCACCCAGCACUUUUCGUCAUCAUCAUCAUCAUCAUCAUCAUCAUCAUCAUCAUCAUCAUCAUCAUCAUCAUCAUCAUCAUCAUCAUCAUCAUGCUGCAAAUAAUGUCAUCACUGCUCAUAUUAUUAUUAUUAUUAUUAUUAUUAUUACUAUUAUUAUUAUUUAAAUAACUGUAUUGAAAUCUUUAUUUACAUUGCUUUUUAUUGUAAUUCCAAAUAGAUAGAUGAAUCAGGUGUGAUGUAAAUACAAAACAGAUUCGGAUUAUAAUAAGGAAUGAAAGUAAUUUUAAAACGUUACGUGAUGCAGACAAAUUAUAUUAUAUCAGCAGAAUAUAGUUGACUCAAACGUGCAUAAGAACUGACAUCAGUUGUAUAGUUGAUAGGGUUGGUACUAGUCAUGUCAAUAGCGAAUCCAACAAAAAAUGAUUACUUUUCUAUUUAUUCCAGCAUUUUUAAAAACGACAGUGACAUGAAUAAUUCAGAUAUAGGAUGGCUGCUGCAUUUUAAUCAGGCAUUACUUACUGAAAACUGAAUUUAUACAAAAAAAAAAAUGAACCAAAAAAUGAAGAACAGUAAAAAUAGAAAUCAAGCGAUUGGUGAAAAGUAUUAAAAAUGAAAAUGGCGUUUAUGUUUAAAGGAAGAAUAAUAAAUAAUUGGCAGGAUAACUAUGUAAAUCCUAAAUUAUUGGUGAAAGAGCAAAGAAAAACAUGACGUAACAUUUCAUUUGACGAGUCUAUGACAGCAGUAAUGACAACGCUAACUAUAGAACCGUAACGGAAUAAUAAUAAUAAUAAUAAUAAUGAUAAUAAUAAUAAUAAUAAUUUUUGCGUGAAGACUUGGAGUUGGCACAGUUAAAUGUGUUUUAGACAUUGAUGACAUUGUGUUUACAGCUGUUCGUUGUUUCUGUAUCUUUCCAAAAAAGAAAAAAAGACGAUUCUAAUACUGUGACGACAAAGACCGAGUCUGUUCUACUGGAACUCGAAUCAAUCCAGCAGCCCAUUUUGCCUUUUGUUCGACUGAACAGAACAACAAUCUUCAGCCUGGAACCAGCUCUUCUUCUUCUUCUUCUUACUACUGACUUCUUCACCUGAGGACCUGUGGAUGUAUCUGCAUUUUGUACACAGCUUCGUUUGUUUGUUUCUCCUCUGACAGUCUGUGCCAAAGCACAAAUGUUUUUUGUGCCACUUGAAUCAUGUGAAAAGGGGGUGGGAUUUAAAUCUCAAAUGUAUUCAUUUCUUUUACUGGUAAAGAAAUGAGGAAACUCAGAAGCAGCUGACUGAAUCGUUGACUAAUUUAAAUCAAAUCCUGUGAAUAUUUUGUUUCAUAUUACGCCCUUAAUUCUGUACCAUAGCGACACCAGGCCUGGUUUUCAGUGACAACGUCAUCAUUCAGCUGAAUUUGAGUUUCCGAAAAUGUAUAAAAAAAAAGAGCCAAAACAAAACAGCAUCGACCUGAAAUCUGUGAUCAAACGAAGAGGAAAAGUAAAUCAACAAUUGCACAAUUUCUAAACGCUUUUCGUCAUUAAAUCGUAUUUGUUUCAUACGAGAACGUGGCUUUUGGAUGUUAAUUCAUCUUUCACCGACAGUUUUGUUUUCCAGACAUAACACAUGUUAAAAAUAUUCGGCUUUAAAGUCGUGCGUUUGAUUGACGGCUGAGGCGCAGGCCUUGAUUCGGAACAGGCCCCGGUCAUGAAUUAGAUUUGCCAUUGAAACCGCUGCAUAAAAAGAAUACAAAAUUAGAUCAUUUUCAGGUUAGAAAAAAAGGGUGGAGGGGAGAGAAUGCGAUUAUUAUUUUCUGACCUCAAAAUGCUGUCUCUAACGUCAGACCGCCGAUGACGUAUUCAACUUCCGCAUAGCCGCUGAAGUCAGCAAAAUGCCAUUACUACGUUUUUGAUGUAGCAACGGAUUAAACUUCUAUUAAAAUAACAUAGUAUACGUCAUACAUCAACGUGUGUUUUUGUAGUAUAUUUCAAAAGGCAGAAAGAAAAACAAGGUGACACAUGUGGCUCACUACUGCUAUCUAGUGGAAUUCUAUUGUCGCUACAUAUUAUUGCACUCGCGUUCCUGUGGAACAAUUUAAUAAUAAUAAUUCAUAAUUUCCUGGAUUAUAAGUGACAACUAAAAUCAUUUAAUUGUGAAAUAUAA